ACACCUGCACCUGCACCCUCUCUUGCCUUUUGUCCCCAUUUUCAAAUGCCUCCUCACGACCUACUUCAGGGCCUUCACCGAAAAGGAUCGCCCUUCAAUUUGCUCCCAUAAAAUUUACACAAGGUUCAUAAUGGCCGGAGCUCUAUGGCCAUGGCUUCGCAGGAUUGCCACUCCCAUUAGAAGAGCAUGGUCUCUUACCUUCAACAGACCCUGCAAACGCAACAAGACCAGAGGUGCUGGAAUGUGGAAGCUGUACAGUGAGGUUCGAUCUUGCAGCUAUGAGGAUGUGCACGUCAUGUGGUCGAUUCUUCACAAGUCCGAGGCCUUCAAACCACCCAUUAAGAAAUCUCGGUUCUCCAGAAUGCAUUCAGUGAACUGAUAAGAGAACACUGAGAGGGAUUAGGGGUUAUCUUGUGUCUAUUAUGUAUAUAAGUACUAUAUGGAGUAUUAUCAUGCUGCCCAAGUGGGCACUUGCAUAGAGUUAGAAUUGUACCGGGGAAGGUGGAGCAUGGUAAUGAAUUUGUUCAGAAUAUAGAGAAUAAUAUGAAUAUGUAGAUGUAUAAGGAAAGACAGCCUCAGCUUGUACAGAAUCAGAUUCCAAAUCAGACUGGUUGUGUCAGCAUGUUCAGAGCUGCUAGUUAAUUAGUAUAAUAACUAUUAUGAGUUUUUCGGCCAAGAAAUAAUGUCAUGCUUAGCAGGUUAUCAAUCUUGCAGCUGUCAUAAUGAAUCAUAUCUCAUGUUCUUAUUGCCUUCUAAUUCUGUAUUGAUUUCUUUCUAAGAUAUUGUAUGAGACUUUGGCCGGCAGUCAGUAUGAUUUUGAGAUACCAGUGAAAGAGUGGUUUCAUCAGGUUUAAUUAUUA